AUGAGCGAUACUCACGAUAAAGAGAAAACACAGGUCCACCCUGAUUCGGGUGUGUCAACAAAUGAAGGGCAACAAACAUCGAUAACAUCCACAACUGUACCAACAACCACUGAUAGUGCUGCAGCUCAAUCCCAGCAAACUCCCGAAUCAGGAGACGCUGGUUCGGUGGACCAAGGAGUAGAGAAGGAUGCGGGCCAAGAAGAUCAGAAUGCGCUCAAUGCCGUACCCGCAACAAGUGAAGAAGAAGAGGUAAAUGCAAGUACAGCUCGGCAGAAUCAGGUUGAGCACCAAGGUACUGCAAACACUGCGGAUGAUAACGAUGUAGAACAACAGGCCAAUCAUAACAUGAUGAACCUCGAAGAGCAUGGUUUGAAUCUAGAUGACGAAGAAGGGUUCGAUCCAGCAACUCUAGCGAACUUAGCUGCAUUAUCUAGAAUAGCGAAUGAAGAAGGUGACGAGGAAGGUGAGGGGGAAGAUAACAACCAAGAUCAAAAUCGGGAUCAGGACCAACACGAUAAUGAUGCGUUGGAGAUACAUUCGCUAAGGCAUGAUGGACCGUUGACUAGGGAGCAGGUACAGGAAUUUGUCAAUAAUCUUAGUCAUCAGAAAUCGCAGGACAAGGAAAAUGAAGAAGAUCCUAACAAAAACAAAGAUAAAGGCACGAAAGAUAGGGGAGACGAUGAUGAGGAAGCACGAGAAGCAGAGGCAGAUGAACAGGAUGAUAAAUUGAGAGAAAUAGAUCAGAAUGAUGAUUCCAGGAAUACGAAUAAAAAUAAGGAUAGAAAACAGGAAGACGAAGAGUAUGAAGAUGAGAACGAGAAGAAUGAUAUCGGACCGGGGGGUAAACAGAAACGAAAGAGGAAUAGAACAGUCUUGAGUUGUACAGAGUGUCAUAGACGAUGCGAUCGUAAUAUACCUUGUAGCAGAUGUAUCAAACGAGGCGUACCCGGAAUGUGCAGAAUGGAACAUCCCGUGCUACCACAGCGGAAGAAACGGAAGGUUCAAGAUGACGAAGAUAUCAAUUACGAGCUUGGUCUUCGAGUGCAAGCCCUGGAAUCCCUUUUACGUUCCGGAUCACUGAUGGAUGCAGAUCAAGCCUCUGCAGCAGCUAAGGAGACCAUCAUGCAUGCUACACGAGCUGCUAAUGCCGGUUCUCAAGAUGCGAAUAAUGCUUUAGCCCAAUUGACACAGAGUGUAGCUGCUAGUGGAGGUAUAGGGGGAUUGAGUCAGGAUGCUCAGUCAAGUUUGCUCUUGGAUGUCUUACAGCAGCUCACUGCGGCAAGUAUGGGAAGACCGCUGGAUCAGAAUGGAGCUGCUGAAGGUAGUAAUCGUAGAGGACUAGAGGUUUGGUCUGCUAUACCAACAGCAUCUCAGGAAACAUCCGUUGCAAUUGCAUCGGCAUACGAGAAUGACGAAGUUGGCGUGAAAAUCAACCUUUCUCUACCUGGAUUCAGAGAAGAUAACGGCAAGAUCUUUAUACCUCCUACUGUAAGAUAUGUAGAGAAGAACUUGCGGAACGAGAACAUCCUCGCUAGAGAGGCAUUACCAAUAGAAGGCUAUUCACCGUUCUUAGAUGCUGGUAUAAAGUUUGCGUAUGGGUCGGAAAGUCAGGCAUAUCGACAUCGUAGAAUCGCUUCUAUACAAGCUUUCUCCUUGACUGGAGCGCUUAGAUUAGCAGCUACUUUCCUAUCACGCUUCCCUCCUGUUCCAGGAACCAAGUCGGUUUUCGUACCUUCUCCUACGGCAGACGAAGAUACUACUGCCCUGCAGGACUCAGGUUUGGAAAUACGUUCGUUCCGAUUCCUGGAUUACAAGACUGGUGGAGUGGAUUGGGAAAGUUUGAGAGAGGAUCUACAGGAUGCACCUCCGAAAUCUGUCGUGUUAAUUCAGGUUAGCGGUAGUAUGCCUAGUGGUGCGGAAUUGACUACCAAUCAGUGGAGAUUGUUAGCCGCAUUAUUACAGGAACGAGAGUUGAUACCUCUGGUCAUGAUGGCUUAUCAAGGAUUAUCGACGGGAGAUACGAACAGGGAUGCUCAGGCAUUGAGGUUCAUGGUACAUGAGGGAUUGCCGGUGGUAUUAGUACAAAGUUUUGAUGCCAUGAUGGGAUUAUACGCCGAUAGUCCAUCGAUCGUAUCGAUCGUCACUCAGAAUGCGGAAGAUAGGGAUAGGGUGGACUCGCAAUUACGUUCAGUAGCUAGGGGGAUGUGGUUCCAUCCUUCUCCUUGGGGUGCUCAGGUGGCUCAUCAGAUUCUGUCGGAUGCGAAGCUGUAUCCUGCUUGGCUCGCCGAGAUCAAAGCUAUGUCUGAUCGAUUACGAAGUGUCCGCGAGAAAUUAUACGACCUUCUUGCCAAUAAAUUGAAAACACCAGGUUCUUGGAUACACCUCAAAAGGGCUAGUGGGAUGUAUUGUACUGCUCUUCUCCCUCCUUCUCAAGUCGACGCGUUGACUUCCAAACGACACGUCCAUCUACUCCCCGAUGGAUGUUUCAAUCUCGGAUGUCUAAAUGCCACCAAGAUUGACAUACUCGCUCGAGCAAUCGAUAAUGUCGUAAGGGAAGGAAUCAAGGAGAUGGAAGAGCAACAAGCACAACGUCUAGCUAUGGAAUUAGCCCUGGCAGCGGCAAAGGAACAACAGGCGAGAGAAGAGGCCGAAGCUUUAGAAUUGGCUGCUCAAGCUUUGAGAGAAGAAGAUACGUUAUUGAUGGAACGAUCUAUUGCGAAUGCCAUUGAGAGACAGAGGAUAGCAGAAAUGGAAGAAGAAAGAGAUAGACAGACGGAUGAGAAACAACGAGAGAUCGAUAGGAGAGCUGCGGAACGGGCGGAAAUCGCUAAACAGGCUGAAGCGAUUCUGGCUAGUUUACAACCUCCUAACCAUAAUGGCGGGAUGGGUCAUUAG